UCCCGGCGCUGAGCCUGUCCCGGUGCCUGCAGGUACGAAGGAGGACUCGUUCAACGUGCUGGACCUGGCAGAGUACACCAAGAACCGGCCCUGGUGGCGCAAGGUCUUUGCCCCCAGCUCGGGGUCGAGCGCUGAGAAGUACAACGUGGCCACGCAGCUGGUGAUCGGAGGGGUCACGGGAUGGUGUACUGGAUUCAUCUUCCAAAAAGUUGGAAAGCUGGCAGCGACAGCAGUGGGAGGUGGCUUUUUCCUGCUUCAGAUUGCAAAUCACACAGGAUACAUCAAAGUGGACUGGAAGCUGGUAGAACGGGACGUGAACAAAGCCAAGCAGCAGCUGAAAUUUCACAGCAGUGGUAACAAAAUGUCUCCAGAAGUGAAAAGCAGAGUGGAUGAGGUGAUCAUAUUUCUGAAGAAGAACGUUGUGCUGACUGGAGGGUUUGCUGGAGGAUUCCUGCUCGGAAUGGCGUCCUAGAAACUGCACUCGCCUCUCCCUUUACGCCCAGCCUCCCCUGCCCUCCUCUGCUGCUGUUCUCUCUCACGUAGAAGUCAAAGGAUGUUACUGACAGGCUCAGUCCCUUCUGCUCACAGGUUCCAGCCCGUAUUUCUUACAGUGCUGCUUCUGAUCUGUCUGGGCUGUUAGGGUGCUGGGAUUGGUCUGAAAGCUUAUGACUCCCAGUCAUUGUGAUUCCUUUCCCCAGCAAGUAUAC